CCCCCAAAUGGAAAAUUUAUUGUGUUUUUCUUCAUGACAAGGAGCCUCUAGGAUCAGAACUGCUCCUUCAAAUCCACCAAUAGGCGAGCCCACCAUUUCUCUUGGUAGGUCAAAUGCUUCAUAAUUAGCCUAACACACUGAUUAUCUACUCGGUGGUUAUGACUACAGUGGCAUAAUAUUUCAGCUGCAGGGGAAGCAUUCUGGACAGCUCCUACGUAGACCAGUCAGGCUGGGAAUGGGGCUUCCUGUAUUAAGAGGAGCGAGCCACUACAUUCUGCUUGGCCAUUCUCCUUGCUUCCAUCAUUAGAUACAGCUCUAAAGACCUAAGAGAGAUGUGUCCAGGACAAGUGUGUGGUUCUUCUCCUUCUCACUGAGGCUCAAUGGCCCAGCAAAGUAUGAAAGUGAGGCCUGUGCUCCUGAAGCGAAGCAGUCUUGAGUCUGUGGAGCUUGUAAAACAACCACACCACCGCAGGAGCAAAUCGCAGCAAGUGCGAUUCAAGGAAGAUGGAAACACUAAGAUUCCAACUGGCAUAACCGAGGUUGACGCCCAACCCCCUGAAGACCCGGGUGUGAUGGGGAAGACACAGGCAUCUAGGCACCACCAUCCUGCCACCUACUCGCUGUCUUUCCCCAGGUCCCAUAAGGCAGGAGGCUUUCGCAGCAUCUCUAUCCAGACCUCCCCUAGUCUCAGGAAGCAUUUCCCAGUUUUCAAAAGGAAGAAACUCACAACUAGCAAGUCCCUGGUAGAAAUGCCAACAGCAUCCCCAAGUGCCAUCCAGGUCAACGGCAACCUCUCUGAACAGGAUAUUGUGUCCUCUGACCUUGCCUUCCUGAGGCUGGCUCAGCAUCUUGAUGAUGGGCCUCGAAGGCUCAAAAUGCCCCACCCAUUUCUCCCUAGAAUGUCCAAGGUGCAAAGCAAUGGGCCUGUUAGCUUUUGCUUGGAAUCUGCUGCUUGGGGGUCCUCAGAGAAAGCAACAGCUGCCAUUCAGGUCCCAGAUGAUAUUUGUCACAGUCCAACCUGGGAGGCUAGAGAGCCCACUUUCAGCCUGGAAAGCUCAGCUGAAGAAAGUAACUCCAUACCCCCUUUGGUAGCCAUGUGUCCAGGUGAUGGGCAAAGAGUGAUGACAUCAGAUCUGGAAAGAUUGCCCUCCUGCUCAAAUGCCAAUAGCAGUGCCAACAACACCCCAGGCACAGGCAAACUCACACCUGAAUUGCUUUUGCUCAAAGACAACCCUGAUGACAAAGACCUUGGCCUUCUGUCAUCUCAGUCAAAGAAGAUGUGUGUUCCCUCACCACCACGGACUCACAGCUCCUCUGAGCCAGGCUCCCAUAGUCAGCCAGCCCAUGUAGGAAGAGUCUCCGAUUGCCCAGCAACGAGUGACACUCACCAGAACCUGGAAUCCCUCAGAAGUGGCAGUGCCUCCAAGUCUGUCUCUGUGUGCUGGGAGCAUGAGGCAAAGAUCUCCAGCCAGUCAGAUAGCCCAGCGCUUCAGACUGGUCUUGGAAGCGAGCACUGCCCUUCCUCGAUUCCAAGGCAUGAGAACAAACCCCAAAGCAGGGAGAUUGGCGGGAGUAAUCACAGUCACCUGGCACAGGGGGAACUCUGUGACCUCCAAGGCCGGCUGCAAUCAGUAGAGGAAUCGCUGCACUCAAACCAAGAGAAAAUUAAAGUUCUAUUGAAUGUGAUUCAAGAUCUGGAGAAAGCUCGCGCUUUCACCGAAGGGCGCAACUUUUACCGGACUGGCCAAGAUCUCAACAACUGCAGCACCUGCCAGAACACGGCGUGCAUCAUAUACAGCGUAGAGUAUGAUUUUCGGCAGCAGGAAGGCAGGUUCCAUGAGGUUCUCCAGAGCCUGGAGGAGGCAGAACCUGUGGAAGAAGCAUCUUCCCCACCCAAGUCCCCAGCAGAAGCCCCAGCCCCCGAGAAACAGGACUUACGGCGAAAAAGCAAGAAGGUGAAGAAGAAAUGCUUCUGGUGGAUAUGAGAGGAUUGGGGCUCCCACAUUCCUUCCUGAGAUGGGGGUCCCCUGUCCUCAAGGCCUCCCUUCUCCUCUGCAAAAGCGUAGGCUGGGAUCCCCUUGAGCCAUGAUACAGGAGUGCCUCAGAGCUGGUACACUGUUGGACACCUGCUCACCAACCUUACCUGACUGUAUGUUGUUGCUUGCUGAGGAUUUUUGUGGCCACUUGCUGAGCUGCCUGUCACACACAGCCAGGCCUCUUCCUCAUCUGCUAAGUCCAGAUCCCUACCGUAAGCAAACCUCCACAGCACCCCCAACCACCUCUCCAACACCAAGCAUUUCCUUCCCGCCCUGAGAUCAUCAAACCCCAGAGACACAGAAAUGAGUGUGUGCUGUGCACUGCAGAAAGAGAAAGGUUAUAAGCAGGUAUCCUAGCAAACAUCACACAAUGAACUGGCAGGGUUCUACCAUCUAUUGUACAAAAGCACAAUGGAAGUGAGCAGCACCGAACAAUGGCAGAUCACCCUCAUGUAUUAGGUCGUCCUCGUUUUUAGCUAGCCCUUAGAUCUCAAAUCGAGGGGCUGUCUUCUUGUAAAGUAUGGGCUGUGCAGGAUGUGGCAGAAUAAGGUUGCCCGUGGGCACAAGACACCUGUUGUGUGAUCUUUGUGACUGGAAUUCAAGUGACUUCCAUAGCUGCAGUCUUUCAGGGGCCACUUAAUUAUCAUGUGUCUCUGUAUGGCAAGUGGGAUAUAUAUGAGAGGGGCUUCAACUUUAGGAUCCCAUCGUUCAUUCACCUGGAACAUUAAGGGUCAUAAGACUCAGCAACUUGUACGUCAGUGUAUCUUAUCAAGCGACAUUAAUAAGGCUGAGCUACAAUACAGCACUUUUUUCUCAUCCACACAUCCUUGUGACAACCAUGUAGAUAGGCCCAAACAUGCUACUCUACAGUUUCCCUUCCUGGUGACCAGGCUCGGUCACCUGAUCUAGGAAGAAGCAGGACUCAGAACAAAGAUGAAAGCUCCUUCUUCCACAAGCUUUGAGUUCCUUAAGAUCUGGCUCAUCGUGUUCAUAAGACCUCCACUCAUGGAUGUCUGGUCGAGCUUGCAGGCCAAGCAAACUCCUAAAGCAGUGUAAUUAAGUGAUUGCCCCACACCCACUCAGCCUGGGUGAGGCAAGGCUGCCAGUCCCGUGCAUUAAAUUCAGUGUUCUGCCGGCCUGUGAUUGGACCGACACUGCCCAAAACAAUGUGAGCCACACCUAAAUGGAAGGAAGCAUUUUGUAUCCGCCCCCUUGCCGAAGACCUGGUGUCUGUGUGAGUGUCUGCUGUGCACAUGUGAUGUGCGUAUCCCCCUACAAAUUGAGACUGAUUGAGCAAACCACCCCAACAAUUGCACUUCCCCUGUCACAGUGCCGCCAUGCAAAAGCUAUUUCAGGGAGAGCGAGGGAAAUUUGGCAAGGAAUGUGGGCUUGCACUAUUUAAGUCUUGGGAUGUCAUUCGAGAUGUUCUUUCUCUGCUUCUAGUGUAAUGUUUAAACCCACAAAGUGAGACCAGAAUAUAUAAUGUCAAGUUAGAAUUAAGAUAAAUAGACUUGUCAUGCUUAAGAAACCAUAUUUCAAUUAGAUAUGUUACCACUGGCCAAAAGCCACAGAUCUUUCUGUAUCCACACACUCAACUCUCAGUUGGCCCCAGCAAUGGAAAAAAACAGUGCAGAGGAUAAUCCAAUAAAGCAAAAUCAUUUGGGAUCUCUUACAUAAUUUUAUUCUUGUAGCGAUGCUUCCAUCUUAAUUUGUUUUGCUUACACUAAUUUCAAAUGAGUUUAUAUUCCAGUACAUCAGGAUGGAGUGAAAAUAUUCUUGCACUUAGAUUCCAGAGACCUAGGCAAUAGGAUAGCCUAUUCCAGUAACCUGGAGAAAGUGGUGUGAUUGUGUCCUUCCUUGACCGGGCUGAGGAAUGACUACUCCCCUUGACUUCUAAGCUACGUGUACCUUCUCUCAGUGUGUGUGUGUGUGUGUG